AUGGCUAUUGAUUUAGAAAAGAUAGACGAAAAGCCAGAGGAUGUUGAUAAGAAUGGAGCACGCACAGAGGACGAAGACGCUGCUGCGUCCAUUACUACAAACCGUGGCGCGGAGGAUAAAGCCAUUGAUGCCGUGCCUGACCACUUGUUGACCCCCAAUGGCAUCCUGGUCGAUGAAGAAGCCGCGGCUACUGUGCCGACAGGACGAGCUAGAUCACAGGCAUCAUCCGCUCGAUCCAAGCCGAUGUCAGUGGUACCAAGACUCAAACGACGAGGUUUUCUCGCACAAUUGACUCUCAUUCCGGAGGUUGAGCGAUCUUAUGACUACCCAAACAGAAUCAAAUGGACAAUAACAUUGUUCGUAGCAUUGGCUGCGGGUGCCGCACCAAUGGGAUCUGCUAUAUUUUACCCCGCCCUACCGGAAAUGACAAAAGAUCUGAACGCAUCGCCAACAGUCGUAAACUUGACGGUGGCCUUUUACAUGCUAGCAAUGUCAAUCUUCCCAUUAUGGUGGAGUUCCUUCUCCGAGACUUUAGGACGACGCAAUAUCUACCUUUUAUCCUUUUUCUUAAACAUUGUUUUCUCCCUGCUGAGUGGCCUGAGUGUCAAUAUCGGCAUGCUAAUCGCCUUUCGUAUUCUCUCGGGCGGAGCAGCCGCAAGUGUACAGGCUGUCGGCGCUGGGACUAUAGCUGAUCUUUGGGAACCCGCGGAAAAGGGAAGGGCCAUGGGAUACUUCUAUCUUGGGCCACUGCUCGGGCCAUCGCUCGCUCCUAUUAUUGGUGGUGCUCUUACGGAAGGUUUUGGUUGGAGAAGUACUGCAUAUUUCCUUACUGUAUACGGCGCCAUUGUCUUCUUUCUUGUGCUAUUCUGUGUACCCGAGACUCUAACGAAGCACAAACCCACAACCAUGAUCGAGCCAAUGAACUCCGAAAAUUUAACUCGCGUUUCUACCGCACGCUCCGUGCGAGUGCACACUCAACGCGCAGCCGCAACGCUAAAAAGGUGUUUCGUCGACCCACUCGAGAUUAUCAUGUAUUUGCGUUUCCCUGCAGUGGCUAUAACUGUGUACUACGCCGCGGUUACCUUCGGAUCACUAUAUAUCCUCAAUAUUGCGAUACAAUCGACGUUCUCCAAGACACCGUACAAUUUCUCAGCCGUUGUUCUCGGACUGCUGUAUUUACCGAGCUCAUUGGGUUACUUCGCGGCCUCACUGUUGGGCGGCCGCUGGAUCGAUAGGAUUAUGGUGCGGGCGGCGGAAAAAGCUAACCGGUAUGAUGCGAAUGGCAAGCUUAUAUACCUCCCCGAAGACCGCAUGCGCGAAAAUGCUUGGAUCUCGGCUACCCUGUACCCGGGUGCGCUGAUUUGGACUGGUUGGACCAUGCGGUACGGUGUCCACUGGGCAGCGCCGGCAGUAGCGAAUUUUUUCUUCGGCGUUGGGAGUAUGCUCGUGUUCGGCGCGGCGACGACUAUGCUUACGGAAUUCAUGCCUCGGCGCAGUAGCAGCGGUGUGGCGCUGAAUAAUUUCGUAAGGAAUAUAUUUAGCUGCACAGGUGGUAUUAUAGGACAGCCGCUUAUUGAUGCUAUGGGCGUUGGAUGGUUGAUGACUAUGAUAGGGUUGAUUGCUUGGAUAAGUGGGAAUGUGUGUAUUUGGCUUCUGAGGAAGAAUAGUAGGAAGUGGAGAGAGCAGAUGGAUAAGGCUCUUAACCAAUGA